GAGAGAGAGAGACUCAAGAUUCGGUGAAUCAGCGUUUGGCUGCGCGUCACACACGCGUCGCUGUCACGGCCGAGAUAUACGCGUUCAAAUGUGUUUGUAAUUUCCGGGUUGGACUGGAAGGAGGGUGUGUCUCCGAUUCCCAACAGAAACACGCUGGAUAGAACAGAGAGAGAGACGCGCUCCGCGGGAAAAUGGCAUUGGGAAGAGGGAAGCGGAAGCGCAGCGCGAUGGGAACGGGUUCCAGCUCCUCCGUCAUGAUUUAGAUCGGGAUCCACUCCCGCAUCGCGAUGGAAAAGACGCUCUGCUCGUCGCAGCCGGUGGAAAGGAGGCUGGCGGCUCGGACGGGCUCGGCCUCGCUCGGGUUCGGCGCGUCUCCGCCGGGGAACAUCGCGCCGCUGCAGUCCGGACGCACGCGCAGGAUAGAGGGAGUGCUGAGCAAAUACACCAACCUCAUCCAGGGCUGGCAGAACAGGUAUUUCGUGUUGGACCCUGAUGUGGGUCAGCUGCAGUAUUUCGUGAACGAGCAGGGGCGGAGCCAGAAGCCGCGUGGUUCUCUGCCUCUGAUUGGUGCGUCCGUGACGUCGAGCGACGAGGCGCCUCACAUGUUCAUCGUCAGCUCGGCCAAUGGGGAGCUCUACAAACUCAGAGCGGUGGACGCCACAGAACAGCAGCUGUGGAUGACGCAGAUACAGGCCGGUACCAGACGCCACUCCGACAGCAGCGCCAAGAUGAGGAAACUGAAAGACUGUGAUGAGAAUCUGUGUGUCAACCAAACGCAGAACACACUGGAUGCACAGGGUUCAUCGGGCCGCACGCGGAGCUUCUCUCUGCUUCCUCACCUCCCUCCGUCUUCCUCUCCUGCGUCUCAGAGGCACCUUCCUCACCCCGGGCCUCCGAGCAACAUCGUCACCAUCACGCACCACAAGUCGCCUGCAGCCGCCCGCCGUGCCAAAAACCAGUAUCCACAGCGCCUCCUGGAGGUCAAAGAGGCUAUGAACCAGGCCGAGGGUCAGCAGAAGAGUCUGGUCCAGUCCAUCGAGUCUCUGCCGGCGAGAGGAUCCCUGUCCUGUCUGGAUCAGGACCUGCUGCUGCUGAAAGCCACGUCUGCCGCCACGCUGAGCUGCCUGGGAGAAUGCCUGACUAUAUUACAGCACAGCGCCGGACACAGCGGCAGCAGCAGCGCUAAGCCGGUUCACAACCGCGGUGAAGGGCUGAACAUUGAAAAUGUUCCUGUAUGGACUGUCCCAAAGUCACCCUCAGAAGAAGGUCUGAGGAACAGCGGUGCUUCUACCCUGAGCUCCACAGAGCCCUCGCCCUCCCUCAGGAAGAAGAACCUGCUGCAGAACACUGAGCAGGACGGGAUGGAGGUGAUUUCUCCUGAUGAGGAGGUGAUGGAUUCGGAUGAUAACUCUGAAGAAGAUCUGGGUGUACUGGAGGACCAGAGGAGCGUCAUUCUGCAUCUGCUGUCUCAGCUCAAACUCGGCAUGGACCUCACACGGAUUGUUCUUCCCACAUUCAUCCUGGAGAAGCGUUCAUUACUGGAGAUGUACGCUAACUUCAUGGCGCACCCAGACCUGUUCCUGUCCAUCUCCGCGGGAAACACGCCGGAGGAGCGUAUGGUGCGUUUCGUCGAGUAUUACAUGACCGCCUUCCAUGAAGGACGUAAGGGCGCCGUCGCCAAGAAGCCCUACAACCCGGUGCUGGGCGAGACCUUCUGCUGCUCGUGGGCGGUUCCGCGAGAACGUGUCCACCCACUGAGGGUGGGGCAGCGAGACGUGACCAAUCAGGAGGCAGCAGGGGCGGAGUCAGACUAUUACAGGGUGCGUUUUGUGGCGGAGCAGGUUUCCCAUCAUCCUCCGGUGUCUGGGUUUUACUGUGAGUGUGCGGAGAGAGGCAUGUGCGUCAACGCGCACAUCUGGACCAAGAGCAAGUUCAUGGGGAUGUCAGUCGGCGUAUCCAUGGUGGGAGAAGGUGUGUUACACCUGCGGGAUCACGGUGAGGAGUACGUGUUUACAUUCCCGAGUGCGUUCGCUCGAUCCAUCAUCACCGUGCCGUGGGUGGAGUUGGGGGGAAAGGUCACCAUCAGCUGCGCCCAGACAGGAUACUCGGCUAGCGUCACAUUCCACACUAAACCCUUCUACGCGGGCAAAGUUCACAGGGUAAGUGCAGAGGUGAAGCAGAACUCCAGCGGGACGGUGGUUUGUAAAGCUCAGGGCGAGUGGAACGGGACGCUGGAGUUCACAUACAGCAGCGGAGAGACCAAAGUGAUUGACACCAACAAACUGCCCGUCAUCAAGAAGAUGAUUCGCCCGGUGGAGAAACAGGGCCGGAGCGAGUCCAGGCGUCUCUGGCAGCACGUGACCGCGGCUCUGAAGGAAGGAAACGUUGAUCUGGCGACUGAACACAAGCAUCGGUUAGAGGAAGACCAGCGAUCCGGCGAGAGACAGAGAGCCACCAACAACAUGCCCUGGAAACCCAAAUACUUCAACAAAGAGGGUGACGGAUGGGUCUACAGAAACCCACUAUGGAAAAACACACUGAGAUAAACUACAAACCACAGGAGAGAGAUGACCGCUGAUCAGAACAACACAGGGACUCAACAAACAGCAAAAAAAGAGACUGGAUAAUCAUGCAUUAUGAUGCAUCGCACCAUAGACUGUACAGAAACCAAUGUGUAAACAUAAAAACAUGGAUGCAUAGAAUAGACUUUUAUACACUGUAUAAAUUAUAUUAUUUUUCACGAUUAUCUAACCGAGCCUUUGUGAAUAUACACAUGUACACAGUAUUAAUGUGAUCUGCCAUUAGAUGAUUUAUUAACAGAGUCAGAAAUUUACAAGCAACAUGGAAGAGAUGUUUAUAUUCAAGCUUCAUACAGUCAUGAAAACACAAUCAGCUCAUAUUUCACCCCAAAAUCAAGAUAAAAAAAAAUUAAUUAUAAAUUAAAUUAAGUAAUAAAGUAUAAUUAUAUAGUAAUUAUAUAAUAAAUAAUAUAUACAUCUUUUAUAAGAUUUUUUUACAUUGUGAAUUUACCACUUAAAUUGUUAGUACUGCAAUAUAGUAUUUUUUUACUCCAUUACAGAAAAAAUAUUGUAAUAUAAUAUUUUAUUUAAAUCAGCAUAAAUUAAAUGUGAAACAAUGAAUACUAUCACAAUGUACAAAUACUUUGCCAUUUAAAAUAUAUUUAUUUUAAAUAAAUCUUAAUGUCCUAAAAUAAGCUUCAGUUUCAUAUAUUUUUAGUUAAGAAGAACUAAAUGAAACAGUAUUUUGGGGUGAAAUAUGACCUGCACAUGAUCUUGACUUAUUUGUUAAGAUGUUUGACAUGAAACAGAGAUUAAACGGAUGAAAACCUUGUGUUUUCACUAAUCAUGUGAGCUAGUAGUCAGUCAGCUGAUGGUUAAAUGGAUGACCACAUCUGGCUAAUCAAUAUCCUCAAUCCAUGAGUCACGGUUAAUUCCUAAAGCCUAACUGACUGAACUUUUGUUUGAACUAAUUGGCCAUUAAACGAGAUUUUACCCGA